CUAACAUCACCGUUGGCCGCAGCGGCGGCUCAUUACUAUCAAACUCCGAUCGCCGUUCUCCUAUUUUCUGUUUUCUCUCUCCCAAGAAACUAAUUCUCAGAGUCCCAACUAUUUAUACUUCAACGUUGUUUUCCCGUUUCUAAUCGACGGAACUUAGGGUUUCGGUUUCCGAUGCCCGAAUUUUACAAGUGAAUUUAUUUUCAAUCCAUUUUGAAUCGACGAUUAGGGUUGCUUCCUUCGCGAUUACACUAAAUGGAGGACCUGCCUCUACCAUCGAUUUUCGAACAGGCGAGGAAAAUUCAUAACACUGCAACUGAGUCUGGGUCGGAUCAGGAUGUUGUGAGGAAGGGUUGUGAUGCAUUACGGAAGUGUGAGGACAUGAUUGGGAAGCUGGGUUUGUUCUCAGCUAACGAGACUAAGGAGGAUAUCAGCACGGGAAAUCUUAAAUAUAUUCUGGUGCCAUUUUAUCUUGCUGAGUUGACUGAGAAGAUUGUACAAGAUGACAGGAUACCGCUCCUUAGGGCUUCCCAGGCAAAAUUAAAGGAGUUCAUUUCGUUUUGUGAGACUAUGGAACUGUUGCCAAAAGAGGAACUUGAAACAUCUACUGAAGGAAAUUCACUUGCAGAUCGAAGGGCUAGGAAAAUUGCAAGGUUCAAACGUCAAAAGGCUGCUGAAUCAAAGUUACUUGAGAUAAAGGAGCGAAAAGAGCGCCGUGGACGUUCAAGCAAAGCUUCUGCAUUGUCUGCUCCUAUAGAGGCAGGAGAGGAGGAUGUGCUGGACGAUGAUGGAGAGGAGGAGCGUGAGGCUUGGCUUACGACCAUCACUUUGGCAAUCUGCAAGGCCUUUGAUUUGCUAGAGAUGCUGAAGAAGGAAGAGGAGAUGCUCUCUUCCAUUAAGGAAAAAGAAGAAAAGGAUGGGGACAAGAACUUUUCCAGAGAGAUUCUUGAUGAACGAAUGAGAAGAGCAGAAGCUUGGCAUCGUGACGGUGUUGUGAGAGCUCAAUAUUCGAAACCAGCACCACCAAUCACUUGUGCAACUUUUGCUCAGGAUGUCUUAGAAGGAAGAGCAAAUGUCUCCCAAGCACAUGAACACAAACAUCAGCCUAUGAUAUUUGGACCAGCAAGUCUUGUGAAUGGUGGACCCCUUACGAGUGAGAGAGAGAGGUUAGCUGCCCAGGUUUUCCAACCUGGCUUUAGGUUGCCAACCAUGAGCAUCGAGGAGGCUGGGCUGAGAGAGAUGGAAAUGAUGAACAAAUGGCAAGAGAGGACUGCCAAGUACAUUGAAGAAGCAAACUCUGCAUGGCAUAAGGACAACAAUCGAAAGCCUGGACCUAGUGCAGAAGACGAAGACGAAGACGAUGAUGCUGCUCAGGAGAAGGCGAGGGCAUGGGACGAUUGGAAAGACGACAAUCCUCGAGGUGCAGGCAAUAAGAAGCUUACUCCCUGCGGUUAGGAGAGGGACUGUAAUAAGAGUUUAUCUCGAUGUAUUUCGCUGAAGUUCUAUGAAUUCGGGAUCUGAUAAUACAGUUAUACAUGUAACGGAAUACUCUUGUUCAUGUGAGGUUGAAAGUACAGUUUGUGUAGUUUGAUUGUCUCUUACUGUAGUUUGGAUGGUAAAUAACUCUUGUACAAUGCUACCUUUUGGGCUUGUUCAAGGCAAAUUUACUGACAGGUAUUUGAAAUCA